AUGGCAUGCCCAGCCAUCGUAGCAUUGGCAUGCCUCGCCGCUGGAACACUCGCUACACCUACGGCAGGAAAAGAAACAUGCGCGGCGAAAAGAGUAGCAUGCACAGCAACGGAACAAUGGACGGGAUGGGAUAAUAUCAAACACGCCUUCAUUUUCGGCGACAGCUAUACACAGACAGGUUUCAACUACACGCUCACGCCGCCCUCGGCAGAUAACCCCUUCGGCAACCCGGCGUAUCCGGGGUACACGUCGUCGAACGGGCCGAACUGGGUCGGGUACCUGACGGUCAAGUACAACGCCUCGCAGCUGCAGACGUACAACUUCGCGUACGGCGGCGCGACCGUCGACUCCGCGCUCGUGAAGCCGUACCAGCCGACCGUGCUGUCCGUCAAGCAGCAGGUGGAGGACGAGUUCCUGCCGGGGUACACCGGCGACGCGCCGACCGCGCAGUCGCCGCCGCCCUGGACGGGCGCCGACUCCGUCUUCGCCCUCUGGAUCGGCAUCAACGACGUCGGGAACUCGUACAGCGCCGGCGCCAACUCGUCUGGCCCGCUGUACACGCAGGUCUUCGACGUGUACUCCGGGCUAGUGGAUCAGCUGUACGGCAGCGGGGCGAGGAAUUUCGUGUUUGUGAAUGUGCCGCCGGUGGACAGGAGUCCGUUGACGGUGGGCCAGGGCGAGGAGGCGGUGGCGGUGGAGAAGGCGGCGAUUGAGGACUGGAAUCAGCGCGUGGUGGACACGGCGGCGGCGCUGAAGAGGAACCAUACCGAGGACGCGAAUGUCUGGGUCUACGACGCGAAUAAGAGUUUUGGAGAGGUGCUGGAUGAUCCGAGUGUCUACGAGCAGACGGCGGGCCUCAAGAACACGACGACGUUUUGUGCUGCUUAUCAGAAUGGCACACCGACACCGGACACGUUUAUACCUAGCUGUGGCAUUCCCGCAAACGAAUACUUCUGGCUGAACAAUCUGCACCCUACGUCGGCAAUCAACGAUGUGGUGGCCAAGCAGAUCGUGGACGCAUUGGUGGCUGGGCCAGGGGUGUGCUGA